ACUCAAAUGUGCCCCUUUUGAACACUGUACUGUUCCAUCCCUCUUGUCUUGAUCUUCGUGAUCUGUUCUUGUCUCUUGCUCUACAAAUUGUGACUGUAGUGGGUCUUGCAGUGCUUUUUGAAAUAAGAAUAUAUCAUUGUGACUUCUACAAUCAUGGCUCGCCACAGGACCGUGCGCAACAUUGACCUCGACGAUGAAUAUGACGACGGAGCUGUGUAUGGCCACUCGUAUGAAGAUGAAGUAGCCUUCUCGCCUUCCGCUGCUCAGUUCAUGUACCGGCGUGGAAAUGACGGCAAUCAGCCCACACUGGGUUCUUACUUUGCAAGCACGGAGGCCUCGGCGUCAGCGCAAUAUGACACCCAUGUAGCGGAGUCCACGUCAUCCAUACCUUCAGAGCCUGACCCACCAGAUCUUAGCACACUCUCCAUGGAUGACAGAAGUCUUUUACAUUCGGCCAUGGAUCAUAUCCGUGGUGUUCUCGGAGAGAAUUUCUCCGAGCCCACAGCACACCACCUUCUAAUCAGCAACAACUAUGAUGGAGAGCAAGUUCUGGAUAUGCUGUUGUCCGGUAACUAUAGUCUGCACAUAGCACCACCUCCACCUGUAGUCACAAUGGCUGUACCGUCAUCCGCACAGGUGUCUACCGCCUCGGCCUCAGCAACUAUUUGCAGUCGUAUGCCUUCUUCACCGGCCGCAUGCUUAUCGCCAGCGCUAUCAGCCGCAAAUAGCAAGCCGUCAAGCAUGACAUCCAGCCCAGCUACAAGUCGUGCUGACUUGCGAUCUAUCAGCCCGCAAGUGUCAACGAAGGCAGAUGACUCAUCCAUCGCCGAGGACACGGCUGGUUCCGGGAGGAGAAGCAAGGCAGCGGUAGACAUUGCGGCCGAGUAUGCUAAACGUCAGGCGGGCAAAGAGCUAAUCAACAUGGUUGUCGUUGGUCACGUGGAUGCUGGAAAGAGCACGCUAAUGGGUCAUCUUCUCGUCAAGCUUGGCACAGUGGGCAAGCGGACUAUGCACAAGUACGAGACUGAGAGCAAGAAGGUUGGCAAGGGAUCAUUCGCCUAUGCUUGGGUUUUGGAUGAGACGGGAGAAGAACGGUCGCGCGGAAUCACAAUGGAUGUGGGCAUAAUGCAGUUUGAAACGGACAACAAGAUAGUGACAUUGCUGGACGCGCCAGGCCAUCGCGACUUCAUACCCAACACAAUCACUGGUGCAGCUCAAGCCGAUGUAGCUCUGCUGGUCAUCGACGCCAGCGCCGGCGGCUUUGAGUCUGGUUUCGAGGCUGGCGGGCAGACGCGCGAGCACAGUCUGCUGCUGCGCUCACUGGGGGUGCAGCAAGUCGCCGUUGUCAUUAACAAGCUUGACACGAUGGAUUGGUCAUCGGAUCGCUUUGAAGAGAUCGUGUCCCGGGUGAAGACAUUCCUGCGCCAGGCUGGCUUCAAGGAAUCCGAUGUGUCGUACAUUCCGUGCAGCGGCCUCGUUGGUGAAAAUCUGGACAAGCGCUCUACAUGCGGCCAGUUGACAGCCUGGUACAGUGGACCAUGCCUCCUGGAGGCCAUAAAUUUGUUCAAGAUAGCCGAGAGAGCAAUACGGCGACCAUUCAGGCUCUUCAUCUCUGAUGUCUUCAAAGGUAUGGGCAGUGGCAUUACGGUAUCUGGCAAAAUCGAGUCUGGAGCUGUUCAAGUAUUGGAUCGAGUGAAUGUCAUUCCAGCAUCCGUAGCAGCCAAUUGCAAAGCACUGAGUCUGCAUGAUGAGUCUGUGCAGUGGGCAUGUGCUGGCGAUUUUGUCAACGUUACCCUGACUGGUGCUGAUAUGACCGAGAUUGCUGUUGGCAUGGUACUGUGCAGCCCCUCGCUACCUAUACCGUCCACCACACGCUUCCGUGCACGCAUUGUUGUUUUCGAUAUCGAUGUGCCCAUCACUCUGGGAUAUCAGGUGAUGCUGCAUUAUCAAACCGUCAGUGAGCCUGCCAUCAUGAAGCGUCUGGUCAGUCUCCUUGGAAAGAAUGGCGCGGUCACCAAGAAAAAGCCAAGGUGCCUGAUCAAGCAUAGCAAUGCCAUCGUUGAACUUCACACGACACGCCCGGUGUGCAUUGAAGCCUACAAGGACUUCAAGGAGCUCGGUCGGUUCAUGCUGCGCUCCGGUAAUGCUACUGUUGCAGCCGGUAUUGUGACCGAGAUCCUCUGAAACGUAAGACGAGCCGCACCAGCCAGGCACAUUUGCUUCUCAAGUGUUGGUGGUGGCAGCAGCAGCAGCAGCAGCAGCAGCAGCACAGCUGUUUCCUGACUCCCACGUGCCCUGUGCUGUGGUCAUGUACGUACUUGCCAUGUGUACAAUGUGUACAGUAUAUGUGUACAGUAUGUGUACAGUAUAUGUGUAUGCGUGUGUUUGCUUUUAAAACUUAUGAUGAUGAUGAGUGGUAAAUGCCUAAAUGGCCUGGCGCACAGUGUUGGCCAGCUGAUAGUACCUCUAGCCAACCUGGCUUUGUGCCGUUGCAGAUGUAGUUGACCCUGUGCGUGUGUACAUACAUUGUAUCAUAACCCACCUCCAUUCGUCCCCCCCCCCCCUGCUUUACAUGCCAGGUUGUCAUACACACUGCCCACCAUUUAGCCCAUUCCGUGUUUAGCAGUGUGCAUGUACACCGUGUUCAUUGUAGUUCAUUUGUAUAUGAACACCUUUGUGGGGCAUUGUAUGUAGCAGCUGCAUGUUGUUUAUUGCGCCUAUACUCAUUAUUUACAUCUCCGCAUUGCCCGCCAUACUCAUCUCAAUAAUCAUGCUUUUCGCAGCUCUGUUCAUUCCUAUUUUCUUCCCCGUAUCCUUGGAAGAUGUCAUUUUCUAAAAUCUUGCCCUAAUUAACAUGACUAGCUUGACCAUGAACCUGAACUCUGAUAUGUUAUUAUUAUGCCCUUACCGUAAAGUCUUGUAUAAAAGCCGCACUUGAAUAGAAGCCGCCCUCGAAUAGAAGCCGCAAUUUUGGGCCCAUCAAAUCACACAUAAGCCUGGUUUUAGUGUUGACAUACAUAGAAAUACCUGUCUUGUAUAGAAGCCUGUCUCAUAUAGAAGCCUGCAAAAUUUCACCAAGAAAGUCAUAGAAGCCGCGGCUUUUAUACAAGACUUUACGGUAUAUGCCCUGUGCGCUUUUCGUUCUGGAGUCCGAGUGCUGGCCAACCUGAUCCGAAAGAAAAUUGCCGUUGCGAAACCUUAUCAUACGUCUUAAUCAGUACGUGCGUGGAGCAUCUGUUGUCUCGUCCUCUUCUCUGAAAGGGUUUGAAGCUAAUCAUCGCAUGUACCUUUUUUUUUUUUUAAUAUAAUUUGUGUGCGCCAUGGAGUCAUGUUGCCGGCACUGCUGUUAUUGCGUCGCUCAGUAAGGACAUUUUGGUUUCAGUGUUCA